AUGCAGGCUGCGUUCGUCGCAUUCCUGUGCUUAUGGGCGGUACGAUGUUACACCCUCAAUCCAGUUAUGACAUCGGUUGGUCUGCGCCAUGUUGAGCUCCGACUUAACGACCUGGUGGGAGAGAACCUAAUGACAGCCAUACACAAUAUGGAUAAUAUGUUCAACAAAGGAAAUACGAUUGGGAAAAAGGAAAUAGGAGAGCUGAGACAUUCAAUGAAUGAAAUCUACUAUGUAUACUCAGGUAUCUACAUCGCGCAAAAUGCGUCCUUGGCAUAUAGUAUCCCAGUAUUGUUUGCGGAUUUCUACGCGCGUUUGAAAUUGUUCCUAGCAUUGCUAACGAAGGUGGGAUUACCAAUACGCAAGUCUAUGGCAGCACGUAUCGAAAUCUUCCCUGAUUUGUUACCAUUCCUCAAAGGUCAUUGUGAAAAGCUGGCGCUGCUUGAUGAAGUACUUCAACGCCCCAAAGUGGGUGAAAACCAGCUCUCCAUAUUGUCAACACUAUACAGGGCUAAUGAGCGAUAUAUUAGCGACGAGGAGAUUUACGAAGCACUGAGCAAAAUGCCUGCACCCAAGGAAUACGAAAUGCUUCAUGAAUUGUGCAACCAACUUCUUUCACAAAUACAAGAGUUAAUGAAGAGGUGUCGGGAAGGAUCAAGGUUCAAACAGGUUCUACUUUCACAACAACCAACUUUUGGUAAUCACAAAUUUUUGAAGGCUAUGGCUCUCUUUCGCUUUAUGGGCAGAUUGGAAACCGUGGAGAUAAGUAAAUAUUUCCCAAGCUACCCUUCGCAACUGGAAUGCAUACUUAUAGCAAACACACGACUGGUUGAGGAAGCAAGAUCAAAAGAGCAGAACGUAGAUGACUAUUCGCCAGAGGAUAAAGAUUUAUAUGGAAUCCUAUCACUGUUACACGGAACAACCAUAUUCGAAGUUCUUUACGAUACCGACUUUGAAAGACGAUUCUCACAAUAUCCAAUGGUUAUGAUGUUCAAUAAUAAUUCCGAAUGCUUCCAAUUCAAAGCAACGAUGCCGAAUGAGGUACUCUACCAUCUCAACAACGGCAGAAACGUAUACUUGUACAAUUACGCUCAAGUAUGCGGUUCAGUUGGUGAAACUAACCUAUCAUCCAUGUUCCAUGACUCACAAGGAGUGGCAUCGCGCUUGAUCACAAGAUUUGCACUGGCGUACCCAUAUAGCCAUCACUUUACUCUGGGAUUCCACGGAACAAGCCUUGGUGGCAUGUAUGCCACCAAGACAGCAAGCCAUAUCGAAGAAUCGCACCCUGCGGGACUGACGUCGUUUGCAAUAUUACAGAAGACAUUUGGAAGCUUACAUGACAUGGCAUGGUAUCGUAUGGGUUGGUUUGGUGGGUUGCUGGCACGGUUAUACGGCGCUAGUAUCGACCUGUACAAAAUUUACACGAAACUUCGUAUGAAGAAGGUUACCAUCUUCGAAGUCAAUGAUACGGUAGUACACCCCAAUUAUAGUUUGUCAGGGCAUGUUGCAUUAGGCUAUUUCAAGCACUUGUUGCCAGAGGUUACCGAGGAAUUCCAAGAAUUGGCAUCGCUGUGUCCUUCAGCGGACUUUGUUGUUGGAGGUGAUGAAAAGAGCAAUCAAGUAGCAAAGUUUUUCCACGCUUUGAACUCUGCUGGACAAACUCUACUUGAUUGGGGGUUUGUAGCACAAAAAACCCCUUUUAUGAAAGAGUUGUUUAUGUCGGCAUUUACUGCACGAAUGUUGGCUUUUGGUAGCCUACCUACAAAACACGUCGGGAAUUAUAUACGUAAUCUUCGCCUACCGUUUCUCUGGACACUACUGUCGGAAACCAGUUUUGUGGGAAUGAGCGCCGGUUAUGACAGAGCUGAUCCUUACAUCAAUGUUCCCGGUAAUGUAGCUUUGCUAUUCAACAUGCUGUUUGGUGGUAAGCCGGCGUUGACUCCUGGCGCCCAUCUACACCAAACUAUCACGGUCGCCAGCGGCGGACCAGACAUGAAAAAGGGUAAUGCUUCAAUUACCAGGGAACCAGCUAUUUACCGUAUCCGAUGGCCAAAGCAAUCCAGUUAUGCCCAUCUGAAUACGCCCAAUGGCGAAAACUCCAUAUUAGAGUUGUUGUCGGCCGACCUUGCAUCAUUUGGUUUUAGAAGUCCAGUCAUCGAUGGUGUGAGGAUCUAUGCAUGGAUGCAACUGUAUACAUUGUUACACACUGUUGCCCUAGUAAACGCGGUGCGUUUAUACGGGGUUUCCUUACCCGAUGUCUCGGCCAAGAUGGAAGAAUUUGCCGAAGAUAUCAUGCGGCUAGGGUUCGGUGUUCAAAAGAACCCCGAAUUGAGAGAACUGCUGCAAAGACCGGUUUCCCCCCCUGAAAUUUUGGAUACUAGCUUCUUCGGCGAACGAUACCGCACGUUCGGUAACUUGAUAACUACCUAUACGAAGCAUAGUGCCCCUAUCGAAACCAAUGACAUGAAGAUAUUGUCUACCAUACUUGGUGAAUAA